AUGCCUCCCAAGAAGACCGGUGCUGCUGGUGCUAAGAAGGGCAAGUCCUCCGCCUACAACAAAUACAUGAAGGACCAGCUCGCCAAGCUCAAGACCGAAAAGCCCUCCAUUACUCACAAGGAACGCUUCAAGCUUGCUGCCACCUCUUGGGCUUCGUCCAAGGAGAACCCUAAGAACAAGGCCUAA